AUGUUCGGACAACCAUUAGCAGUUAUAGAUGAAAAAGAACCCCUUGACUUCCAUCAUCAGAAAUCAUCCAAAAAAUCAACAAUUCUAAAAUGGACAAUACCAAUUUGUAUGGUAUCAUUAAUAUAUAUCUUAUAUUCAACAAAUACAUUUCAACAGAAUCACGAAUUAUCAUAUUUCAGUACUGCUCAGGAAAAAGGGGGAAUAGUGGGCUCGGUACCACAACAUGAAAGCCCAUUGAAGGUUAAAAGAGCAGAUACUACUACAUCUGAUACAACUAAUACUGAUAAGACAACAGAGACCACUGGAAAAACAACUACGACCGACUCGAAACAAACAACCACUAACACAGAUACAAAGGCCACCACCACUUCCAACAACAAGCAAACCACCACCACUGGCAAGAACUCAGAAACCACCACCACCGGUAAGAGUUCAGAAACAGCCUCCCAGAAACAAGACAGUAAAACCACCAGCGAUAAGUCACAAGAUAGCAAAAAGACCACAACUAGCCAAGAUUCUAAAUCAAAAGAAACAUCCUCUAGUAAGACCACCACCUCAACCACGAGCGACAGUACAACCACCACCAGUCAAACCUCACAAACAACCUCAACUUCGACUUCUGCUCCAGUCCCAUUCUAUGAUCAAGCAGGGUUGAGAUUCAUGUUUGUGGUAUUUGGUUUUGUUUUUUUGAAUAUGUUUGCUAUUUGUGUUCAUCAUGUUUAUAUGUUGGCUACCAGAUCUGCAAAUGCUUAUAAAACUGUGGCAGAUGAUAUAUCACCCUUCUAG